UGAUCUCCAAGACUGUGAAGUAAGGUUAAUUUAAAAAUCGAAAAAAAUUGUAAAUAUGAUAUCGCUAAUUAAUGAACUGAAGUGGAUUUUAAAAGUAGAUUAUUAUAUCUUCCUAUAUAUUUUAAAUUAAAAAUUAAGGACAUGAUAUGUAUCAGAUAAUAGCAGAUAUUUUUGUACCGAUAUUUUAUAUAGGUAAAUAGUAAAUGAAUAUUCAGUUUUCUAAUAUGUUAAUAGUGCUAAUACUAUCGUGCGUAGUGUACACCAGUGCUGUGAAUCCUUUGGUUAUUAAUACCUGGGCCUUCACAGAAUCUACUAAAAAUGCGUUUACAACAUUAAAAAGUACAUCGGAUCCCGUUAGUGCACUAGAAGAAGGAUGUAGAACAUGUCAAACUCUUCAGUGUGAUUUUACUGUAGGAUAUGGAGGUAGUCCAGAUGAAAAUGGGGAAUCGACUUUAGAUGCUAUAAUAUUUGAUGGAAAUACAAUGAAUAUGGGUGCUGUUGGUGGUAUGCGAAAAGUCAAAGACGCUAUUGGUGUGGCUAGAAAAGUUCUGGAAAAUACUGAGCAUUCGUUUUUGGUCGGAGAAUUAGCUGGCCAGUUUGCUAAUAAAAUGGGAUUUCCUCUCGAGUCUUUGGAAACAAAUUAUUCACAAGGAUUGUAUGAAACCUGGAAAGAAAAUAAUUGUCAGCCUAACUUUUGGACAAACGUCCUUCCUGAUCCUACCAAAAAUUGUGGACCAUAUACUCCCACCGAAGAGAAACAGUGUAUUAAAUCAGAUCCUAUAUUAACAAAUGAAAUAUCUAAAGAUUGUGAUAGUAAAUUUAACACUGGCAAUCACGACACAAUUGGCAUGCUUGUGAUUGGGCAGGAUGGUCAUAUAGUUGCUGGGACUUCAACUAAUGGAGCCAAUCACAAAAUUCCUGGGAGGGUAGGCGAUUCCCCUAUUCCAGGUGCUGGAGCCUACGCCGAUAGUGAAGUAGGCGCUGCUGCAGGGACAGGCGACGGUGACGUAAUGAUGAGAUUUCUACCAAGUUUUCUAGCAGUUGAACAAAUGCGAUCAGGUGUUACUCCAGAAGCAGCUGCUCAGGAAGCAAUCAGUAGAAUUGCCAAAAAAUAUCCGUCGUUUUUUGGAGGAGUAAUAGCCGUGAAUAAAGAUGGCGUAAUAGGUGCUGCGUGUAAUGGAAUGGAGAAGUUUCCUUUUUCUGUGAUGAAUGACACGAUUGACGCUCCUAUUGUUAACUAUGUCAAUUGUACAAAUCCAUAAAAUUAUGAGGAACACUAAAGAAAAUUGUAAAAUUGCCAUAAUAGAAAAAAAAUCGAAGUUCUCGGUUUUUAAUUAAUAUAUAUUUUUCAUUACA